CCCCCUUCAUCCUUCCCCCCAUUCCGCCACCCUCCCUGCUCCCUGGCCGUAGCAAGCAGCAGUGAAGACGAGGUAGUUUUGAAGCCGUGGCAUUAAUGAUCUCAUCUCAGCCUGAUCUCCGCAUCCUACAGAGGAUCUUAUGACCAACACAGGGAUAAAGUAAAAUAAACGACGGAGCCUUGCUUCAGACUGGCCUAAAAUGGGCAGAAAGGGUGCAGAACAAAAGCUGCUUGUUGCUUGUACAAAAGUACUGAAGCGCUGCAGCCGGGACCAAGCUGCUAUGCUAAUGCCUGUGCCUCUCAACAGGAAAGAGAGCCAAAAUGUUCCCGAAGGGCACGAAGCGCAAGUUUUCUGACUCCGGGGAUGAACCUGCGGCAGGCGGUGAGGAUGUAAACCAGCCGAGUUCGGUGGCUGUAAGGAUGCUGUCAUCCUACAGCCUGCAGCGGCAGUCCCUGCUGGACAUGUCCCUAAUCAAGCUGCAGCUGUGCCACAUGCUGGUGGAGCCCAACCUGUGCCGUUCAGUGCUGAUUGCCAACACGGUGAGGCAGAUCCAGGAGGAGAUGACCCAGGACGGCACCUGGCAGAUCAUGACCCAGGCUCUGAGUGCUGCCAACGCUGCUGCCCAGUGCUCUGCAGACCGCCUGGUGGCCACCGAGGUGCUGUGUCGGCAGACCGAGGCAACCCAGGGGGAGCAGGUACUCAAGCCCUUCCCAGCGGUGGGGUCAGAGGGUUGCCCUGCAGAGGAGGAGGAGGAGGUGGUAGUGGAGGAGGAGGGCGAGGGGGGGGUGACCAUGUCCACGGUUUCCCCCCAAGCCCCAACCUCCUACCUGCCAGGCACCUUUGGCAUGGACCCCUGUUGGGAAGAGGAAAAUGGUGAAGAUGAGGAGGAAGAUGAGGACAGUGAGGAGUGUGGGUCUGAUUCGGAGGAGGGAGACAGUGACAGGCUUGUGGAGGACUCCAGGACAGCAGAGCAGGUCUUUGGCACGUUCGAGAUCAAAAACCCUGCGCCCAGCCCUGACCCUGCCCUGGAGGAACUGUUUUCAGAUGUGGAUGCGUCCUACUACGACCUUGACACGGUGCUGACAGGCAUGCAGAGUGCGCCUAAGAUGGGGCCCUACGACCUCCUGGAGAGCCUGUCCUCCCAUGGGCCCUCACCCCUCAGCUCUAGCACCAGCUGCCGAUCAGACCUCAAUGAACUGGACCACAUCAUGGAGAUCAUAGUGGGCUCCUGAGAAACAACACAUUCCCAUUCUUACAGACUUGGUAGACUCUUUACAGACAAUGCACAUGGUGCGUACAUGGAUAUGGUGUUAUUAUUAUACAUUCAGACGUUGAGGGUUUAUGAAAUCAAUAACUUAUUCAGUGUUACCACAUGCAGGUGUGCAUCUGUUAGUGGGCAGAGAUUACAGCAUAUACCAUUAUGAUUUUUCUUAUUUACAUACUUUUCUAUGUUUCCUUUUAUCAUACAAUCUAUUUUUCCAGUUUUGUUUUAAUUUAUUGUUAUGUAUGGACUGAAGAACAAUGUCAUUACACUACACAAGAAUAGAGACCGGAACAUCCAAACCUUUGAAGCAAUGUAUAUUUUCCUAAAGACUAAAACAAAUAUUAGUGAAAUAGAUGUAUAUUGUACGUAUAUAUGUAUAUUGAAAUAUAUUUUUUGCAACAUACAGUUUGGGAAAUGUACCAGUAUGACUACAACUAAUCCCCCCUCCUAUUUUUAAUCUGACAGAGAUUUUGAAAUGUUAAUGCAGCCCGAUUCGACCAGUCUUCCUAUGGUUUGGAAUCAAGUCUCAAGACAGGGACCGUCCUGCUUUUUCAGGCACAUCCCCCCCCCACUUGAUUUGAAUUCAUCUCUUACGACCUAGACUAGAUUUGUUCAAGUAUUAACAGAAACUCUUGCUUGAUAUCAGCAUUAAGAAGCCAUAUUUUCUGAUAUUUGUGUUAUUACAAAUUGAGAAUAAUGGGUUGACCCAUUAAGUUAUUACUUUUUAAUUUAUUUAAUUUAUUAAAUAGACACAAACAUGCCACGUUGCUUUUAACUGAAUCGUGUAUACCCAUGUGAUAUAUUUUAUAUAUCACAAGGGUCUACCCCCCCCCCUUUUUUUUUUCUCUCAAAAAUAACUAUGGGCCUGGGUUUACUAUUCACUAUGCAGUUCAUUUGUGAAAUGAUAUUUUGUACAGAAUUCAUCCAUAGAAAUGUCAAUGGUUUUUUUCUUUUUCCAUUUUUUUGGGAUGUACAAGCAACUGCCAUUCUAAAGAUUUUUCAAAAUGUCUUAUCAUGAUUAAGAGAUUACUCAGGCAAACCGUAUCAGUUAAAUCCGACAGUAUUACUCCGGUCAUAACUACCACAACACUCCUCUGAAUGAUGUCACUCUGCUUCAAACAGGAGCUAGAAUUUCAACAAUUGUAAAGUAUAUGCAUUUUUAUAUUAAUAAAAAAUGUAGCAUCUUUGUAAAUAUUUUUUAUAAUAAAAGGUGCAAAGUUAA